AUGAUAUCCGGACCACUCUUCUUGUGCUUGUUGCUCAUCGCUCUUGCUGUCGCAAACGAUGUCGGUCCCAACUAUCAUCCCCUGACUGUCGACGCGAAUGCCUGGGAGACCAAAUAUGGCUCGUACCCGUUCAAGUCUUACCGAUCCUCCAACAUCACUUCUCCUGCUGUGAGAAAGGCCCUCGACUCGCCGCAAUGUUAUGACGACAACUACAUCUUCCUCUCACCAAGAGGCUUCCGAGUUCCCAACGCUGCUGUCACCAUCCUCGACAAUCACGGUCAUCUCAUCUGGUCUCGACCCGUCAGAGGACAAGCCUACAACCUCAAAGUCCAAGAGUACAAGGGAGAAAAGGUCUUGACAUAUUGGGUCGGUGAUGACGCUGUUGGUGGCCAUGGAGAAGGCUAUUUCUAUGUCCUCAACACAAAAUAUGAAGAGAUAGCUCGCAUCAGGGGUGUCAACAAUCUUCGUGCCGAUCUCCACGAGUUGACCAUCACUCCGGAAGGCACCGCUCUGGUCACCUUNUACCAAAUCUACCCUCUGCACCAACCAGGUCUGUUCAGAAUCACCGACACCGUCUACAUCUGGGACUGUCUGUUUCAAGAAUUCGACAUUGCUUCCCAGAAGCUCAUCUUUGAGUGGAGAGCUUCCGAACACCAUGAAUUGGACGAGUCUUAUACGCCGCUGGGUACAGAUGGCCUUACGCUCGAUCAUCCCUAUGACUGGUACCAUAUCAACAGCGUCCAGAAAGAUGACCUUGGCAAUUAUCUCGUCUCUGCCCGCUUCACCUCGACAAUAACCUACAUCGACGGUCGUACAGGUGCCAUCGUCUGGGUGCUAGGUGGCAAGCGCAACUCAUUCUCUGAUCUGAGUAAUGGUCAAGCAACAAACAUGCAAUACCAACAUCUCGCUCGUUUUGCUCCCUUGACCACCUUUCCUUCACUCAUGGCCGAAGAAAUUGCCCAUCAUGGAAAGCAAACCCACAAGGAUGGUUUCACAAAACAAUUGCUUACUCUCUUCGACAACGGCAUCCCGCCACGUCCAGCUCGAGGCCUCAUCCUCGAAUUGACAUAUCCCAGCCAAGGUGUCAGUACCAACGCGCCCUUAACUGCCAAAGUCGUCAAAGCAUACGAACAUCCUUUACACAUCGACUCCGUCUCCCAAGGAUCCCUGCAAACCGUCCACUCAAACCUGACAAAACAAUCCGACCCUCAUAUCCUACUUGGCUUUGGCUGGCAAGGAACUUGGACCGAGUAUCUUGCCAACGGAACCCUUCUCUGCGAUUCCCGCAUCGUCGUUGAAACAGGCCUCAAGAGUCCUGGNAAAGGAUACGUUCAGUCUUACUCUGUGCUCAAGUAUCCUUGGAAAGCUGUUCCUUCUUAUCCGCCUGUUGCUGUUGCUGGCCCUGACAAAACUAGUGUUUUUGUGUCUUGGAAUGGCGCUACUGGUGUUUUUGCUUGGCAACUCAAACUCCUCAUCAAUGAUCAGUGGCAGUUUCACAGAAAGGUUUUGAAGGAGGGCUUUGAGACUGAACUUGAUCUUCCGACUGACCUUGGUAGGGAUCUGAUUCGGUACGUUGUUGUUGAGGCGUUGGACGAAGAUGGAAAUGUGCUAGCCAAGACGGCAGUCCUGGACUUGUGGGCCAAAGGGUUGGUCAGUAGAAUCACUCAGAUGGCGCCGGUGGACGGUGGGCUUGGCUCAUGGGUUGGUUUGAUAGUCGUCAUCUCUGUUGUGGUGUUUGUCAUCGACCGGGUUUACAAGUCGAGGAGGAGUGGAAGAGCUUAUCAGAAGUUGAGGAAGCAUUGA